CAACGGCCUCUGGCAUUGUGCUAUAAGAGGAGCCCAGCCAUGGGUGGGCCCUGGACCCCACCAUGGCCCUCAGCCACCGGCCCUUCAGCCCCACCCUGGCGUCCGUGCUGCUGGCCUUGCUGCUGGGCGGUGCCGCCCGAGCUUCGGAGAUCGUGGGCGGGCGGGAGGCGCAGCCACACUCGCGGCCCUACAUGGCCUCCCUGCAGUUCCGGGGGACCCGGGGCAGCCAUUUCUGCGGGGGCACCUUGAUCCACCCCAGCUUCGUGCUGACAGCCGCACACUGCCUGCAGGAAACCCCCCACAACCUGGUGAAAGUGGUGCUUGGAGCCCACAACCUGCAGACGCCAGAGCCCACCCAGCAGGACUUCUCCAUCGCUCAAGUGUUCCAGACAGGCUAUGACGCAGAGAACCACCUGAAUGACGUUCUCCUCAUCCAGCUGAGCCGCCCAGCCACCCUCAACGCCUCCGUGGCCACAGUCCAGCUGCCGCAGCAAGACCAGUCGGUGCCCCACGGCACCCAGUGCCUGGCCAUGGGCUGGGGCCGCCUGGGCACCCACGACCCCGUGGCCCGGGUCCUGCAGGAGCUCAAUGUCACCGUGGUCACCUUCCUGUGCCGGGAGCAUAAUGUGUGCACGUUCGUGCCCCGACGCAGCGCCGGCAUCUGCUUUGUGAGUAACCUCGCCAGGCACCUGGCUCAGGGCUGCCCUGAGCGGAGGAGGGAGGGCGACCAGGGUUCCAGGUCCACCGCCUGGCU